CAUUAGAACACGCUUGCCUCUUUCUUCGAACCCUUCCCCAGAUCCUAAGUGCUGCAUCUCAUCGGAUUCCCGUUUCUCGUCGGACCACCGUCGACUCCACCGCGAUCUUGCUUUUCGCCGGACCUCCGUCGACUCCACCGCAGGUUUAGUUUGCUAUAAGUCUUGGAGAGCAUGGACACUCAGAAAAGCCAACCAGAAAACCAGUCCUCUUCCACAGCAACUCCUCCGGUUGUAACUUCAUGUCGAAAGAAGAAGAAUGAAGAAGCUGCUUUCUUGGAAGAUUUGAAGGAACAUAUUGACGAGUUUUUAAGUGCUUCUGUGGAUGAACACAAAAGUUGCUUUAAGAAAACAAUUCAAAAGAUGUUUGGUUUGUCAAAGGCUGUUACAGAAGGACACUCCAAUGCUUCCAAAGAAGUAGAAAGUUCUCUACCUCUUAGGACAACUGUACAGGACUAGAUUUCUUGUUUAUGAAACACUAGGUUUUAACCGAAGCAUGUCGUUAUAAUACCACUCGUAUAAAUAGUUGUUUGUGAAACAA